AUGAUCACAGACGCAUAUCGAGGAGGAAGAACAGUCUUGAAAAACAGUCAGAGCGAUCAGCUUGGUUUAAAUCGAUCGAUCAAUGACGUCGUGUUUGUGAUCGCUUAUCGCCGCGUCACGUGGCAUUUCGAUUACUGCGAAAAAGAACAUCGCGAUUUCAAGGGUGUCGCGACAAAUCCAUCUUCCUUGCUGAACAAAAUGGGCUGGCUGUGGGAAUCAAGUCCCAAGGACACUCCUAAGGACAUUCCAUCCACGAUACAUCCGGAGACGAUAAAGCAAAAUGCACCACCGAAGACGUUGACCCCCGACGAACAAGCCGACCUGGAAUUCAGCCAAAUCCUAGCCGAUCUCAGAUCAGAAGAUGCCUCUCUCUCAAAAGGAACUAGUCUCACUCCCGAUGGCAACGCAUCUCAAAUACCUCAAUCGGCUAUCUCGCCCGAAUCCCUGUACCAAGAUACCAUGUCCUGCCGCAACGCCUUCGACUAUGCCUUCUUCUGCCAAUCAUUCGGCGGUCAAUUCGUGAAUGUCUACCGAUACGGAGAAUUGCGGUCCUGCAGCGACCACUGGGACAAUCUAUGGUUGUGCAUGAAGACCCGCACAUGGCCAGAGGAUUUGCGCAAGCGGGCGAUCCGAGAUCACAACCGCAAGAAGUCGAUCAAAUACAAGACCGGACCCAGUAGUGAGGAUGUCUGGGAUGUCCGGCUGGAGCCGGCUACGGAAUCGUUUAAGGGUGACUUUGCUGCUUUGGAACGGGAGAUGAAGGCUGAAGAUGAAGCAGCGAAACAACAAAAGGCGGCUGUAUGA